AUGAUAAGAAUAAGAGCACCAAGUCGGCUUUUUUCAUUUUUGACACCUCUAGCGAUAGAAAUUUGGUUUUUCAUGGCCGGAGCGUACAUUCUUGUAUCGAUAACGAUUUGGAUAGUUGCCCGUUUUUCGCCGAGGGAGUGGCAUGAACCCGAGUUGUGCGAUGACUGCCUUCUCAAGCAGUAUGCUGAGGAAUAUGGAUACGAGAUUCCGCCCGAUCAAAUUUCUUGUGACAACUCGUCGGGGAUAUGCUGCGAUACUGACUUGGAUGCGGAGACCCAAUGCCAGGGUUGCAUAGAUUUAGAAAUCGACGAUGACAUUAUUCAUGAGUCUGAUUUGAUUCAGCACGAGCACGAACAGUGUCGUGAAACAACCACAUUGGAGGUAUUAGAAAAUGGAUUUACCAUCGGAAACAGUUUCUGGUUUGCUAUUGGGUCAUUAAUGCAACAAGGAUCAGACCUAAAUCCCAAGGCUACCUCGACCAGAAUAGUGGGCGGUAUAUGGUGGUUUUUCACCCUGAUAAUAAUCUCAUCGUAUACAGCAAAUUUGGCGGCGUUCCUAACAGUGGAACGGAUGAUUACACCCAUUGAAAGUGCCCAGGAUCUUGCCGAACAAAAUGAAAUUGCCUACGGCACCUUGGAAGGGGGCAGCACUAUGACCUUUUUUAGGGACUCAAAAAUUGGCAUUUAUCAAAAAAUGUGGAGAUUUAUGGAAAACAAAAAACCAAACGUGUUCGUAAAAUCCUACGACGAAGGAGUCCAACGAGUGCUGGAAGGUAACUAUGCGUUUCUGAUGGAAUCAACGAUGUUGGACUACGUGGUUCAAAGAGACUGCAAUUUAACCCAAAUUGGCGGCUUGUUGGAUUCAAAGGGAUAUGGUAUAGCGACACCAAAAGGCAGCCCAUGGCGUGACAAGAUUUCCUUGGCAAUACUUGAGUUGCAAGAGAAGGGCGUUAUUCAAAUUUUGUACGACAAGUGGUGGAAAAAUACAGGCGAUGUGUGUAAUCGAGACGAUAAAAGUAAGGAGUCGAAAGCGAACGCCUUGGGUGUGGAAAAUAUUGGUGGAGUGUUUGUAGUCCUUCUGUGCGGCUUAGCGCUGGCAAUUAUAGUGGCCAUCCUGGAGUUCUGUUGGAACAGCAAGAAAAAUGCGCAGACCGACAGGCAGUCGCUCUGUUCGGAAAUGGCAGAAGAGCUGCGUUUCGCGGUUAGGUGUCACGGUUCUAGGCAGCGACCGGCCUUGCGGAGAUCCUGUACCAGAUGCAGUCCUGCCACGACAUACGUUCCUGCUGCCCUGGACCUGCCUCAUCUGAACGGACGGCGACCAACGGCUGGAGGUGGGUACUCCAGUUUCGCGUGCACCUCGAACGCCAUCAGAGACUGCUGUGGAGGACCGUCCAGCUCCAGGCCGCAACGGGCGGCCACCCUGAAUUUCAGGACGACGCCCCAGUGCCCGGACCUGUCAGCAAAAAGUUUUACUCUGGGCAGAAAUUCCAAUUUAUUCGGUGGCAGCAACACGUGGGACGUGGUGUUAAGUGGGGCCUGUAAGCCCGAAGACAUUCCAGACAAAAUUUUGUGGAAAUUCGAUUGUGAUAUUACUAGUCCAGACGUGGUUACAAGAACACUACCAGAUGCAAUUGUGAAUAUUUCCUUAUUAUUUGGGGGGAGUCGACUCCCUCCCGUAUUCGCGUAG